GGGAGGGGAGGCUUGUUUGAAUGCCUCACCUGCGCUCGGUGUCACAUUACGGGGCUGUGAAAGGUGCACCAGCCUUGAGAAAAACAAACUCUUAAACACUCCUAAAGAAUUCAAACGAAACUCGGCUCUCCCUGUCAACACAGGGCAAUGGAAAACUGACCCGGACCGUUUCAUUUCAACAAAAAAACACACCUAAUAGACACAGACACAGAUACAGAUACAGAUACAGAUACAGAUACAGAUAUAUAAGACAACUCUGUGGUUUAUCAGGGACCUAUAAUUAUUAUUUGUUUAUAUUAUCGUGUUUUUUAAAACCACGUACAAACAUGGCGUCGAAGUUGGGAGUCAUAGCUGUUCUGCUGUUAAUAUUGGGGCUCUGGGAAUGUGAAGGGCAGAUGGCGUGUGGCCGCAGAGUGAUUUCCAGCCGCAUUAUGGGCGGGGCCGACUCGAAGGUGGGGGCGUGGCCCUGGCAGGUGGAUCUCCAGGACAACGGGGAACACGUCUGCGGUGGGUCUCUGCUCAACGAAAACUGGGUGCUCUCUGCAGCCCACUGCUUCCCAACGCCCUCGGCAGUUUCUACCUACCGGAUCUACAUCGGGCGUUACGCGCUCAACGGUUUCAACCUGUAUGAGCAGAGUCGCAAGAUCAGCCAGGUCCUCGUGCACCCCAGUUACCAAGACCCCCACACGGGGUUUGACAUCGCCCUGGUGCAGCUCAGCUCCGCCGUGGCCUUCACUGACUACAUCCAGCCAGUCUGCCUGCCUACCUCCGCUGUGCUGUUCCCAGAGGGCAUGGAAUGCUGGGUAACAGGGUGGGGCAACGUGGGUUCGUCGGUGUCGCUGCCCUCUCCUGGCAAUCUGCAGGAACUGCAGUUGCCGAUAAUCAGUCAGUCCUCGUGUUACCAGAUGUACCAAGUGCCGACAAACCUGCACCCCACGCCCAGCAACAUCCUGAGUGACAUGAUCUGUGCCGGGUUCCAGCAAGGGCAGAAGGACGCCUGUCAGGGUGACUCUGGGGGUCCCCUAGUGUGCACCAUGAUUAACGGCACUUGGGUUCAGGCUGGGAUCGUUUCCUGGGGCGACGGCUGUGGCGAUCCGAACCGCCCGGGGGUGUAUGUCUACCUACCAGCCUACAGCGACUGGAUCAAGCAGACCGUACCAACCCUAGAGCUCUACGGGGGAGCACAGAACUCACUGGCCUGCUCUCUGUCAGUCUGCCUCAAUGCUGUUCUCUCCCUGCUCCUUGUAGCCCUGCUGAGAUAAGAGACAGCACUCCCAGAAUCCCACAGGGAGGAUGGGAUUGAAGUAAGACUCCCUUUGCACAGCAGUGUGAUCCAUUCCCUGGUUUCACUAGGAGUUUAAUAAUCAGACACACCUGAGCUUGUUGCUUAGACACACUGGGGGCUGAUCAAGCUGGUAGUAAAACCUGGAAUGGAUCACACUGCUGUGCAAUAGGAGUCUGAUUCCCAUCCCUCUGAAAAAACUAGAAGAAAUUUUUGGACUAACGUUUCAAAUCACACGGUGUUGUAGUUGCCGAUUGUAUCACAAUAUCCACUAAAGAAACAAACAGGAGAAGAAACAGAGACUUGCAAUAUCUCUCACACACACACAUUACACUGAUGAAGGCACUAGAGCCCAAACGCUGGUCUGCUUGACUCAGUUUAGUUUCAGUAACACUGAUGAAGGCACUAGAGCCCCAAACGCUGGUCUGCUUGACUCAGUUUAGUUUCAAUAACGCUGAUGAAGGCACUAGAGCCCAAACGCUGGUCUGCUUGACUCAGUUUAGUUUCAAUAACGCUGAUGAAGGCACUAGAGCCCAAACGCUGGUCUGCUUGACUCAGUUUAGUUUCAGUAACGCUGAUGAAGGCACUAGAGCCCAAACGCUGGUCUGCUUGAUUCACUUUCUUCUAGUUUUUUUGAAGUUAUGGAUGACUUAUCUGCAAUAUCACAAGAUUCACUCAACAAACCAAUCAAUGUAGCACAUGAUAACUCGCUACUCAGUAUUUAGUAAAUGAAGUUUUUUUUUUAAUUCUAGUUAGAGUUUUAAAUUUUUUUAGAUUUUAUUCUAUUUUUAAAAUGUGGUUUAAAAUGUAUGAAGGUUUCGGAUCAAGAUUAAAAAAAAAGAAAAUGAAAAAAAUAAAUAAAUUUGAUGCAAA